AAUGGACUCACCCACAUCCGGGGCUUUGAGAGCGCCGCGAGUCACGUGACCCGGAGGAGGGGCGGGGCCGGGAGGAAGCCGACGCGCGCGCAGUGGGCCUGACAAGAUCAAAGCUGCAGGAGGAUGGACAGUGAGGUACAGCGAGAUGGUAGGAUCUUAGACCUGAUUGAUGACGCUUGGCGGGAAGAUAAGCUGCCGUACGAAGAUGUCGCCAUUCCACUGAGUGAGCUUCCUGAGCCUGAGCAAGACAACGGCGGCACCACAGAGUCUGUGAAAGAACAGGAGAUGAAGUGGACAGACCUGGCCUUGCAGGGCCUCCACGAGAACGUCCCACCCGCUGGAAACUGACGCCGCGCUCCUUCCCGUGGAUGCAAUUUUCCAAGCUACGUGGAUAAAAAUGCUUCCUGUCUCCAACUUCAGAUCUUAGCAAUAAAUCAACACUCAAAAGCAUA